AAACGGCAAUGCGAACGUACCAGUAAGAUUUGACGCAGUACCAGGAAGAUCUCUGCUCGGAGUAUAUCGGUUUUUUCGUCUCGAGGAAUUUCUCAUUACUACUUCGAUUUUCAACAUGGCUAUUUCACUCUCGACGGAAGACAAAUUGGAGUAUAACUUCUAUCCGGUAACAAGCGGACAAGUUCAAUUUCGAGUUAAAGCAGCCAAUGAUGCCCACAUCGCGCUUACUACCGGUCCCCACGAGGGUGAACCCAUGUAUGAGGUCUUCAUUGGUGGUUGGGGCAACUCGAAAUCCGUUAUUCGUAAGAACAGAACUAAACCGGAAGUUGCAGAGGCAGAAACUCCAGAAAUCUUGACGAGUAAUGAUUUUCGUGGAUUUUGGAUCAGAUGGCAUGAAGGCGAAAUCACAGUUGGUAAGGAAGGUGAACCGAGCUCGUUCUUAUCCUAUCACGAUCCCGAACCAUUCGGUAUAGGAUAUUUUGGUGUUUGCACUGGUUGGGGAGCCUCAGGAGAAUGGUUGAUCGAAGGACGCAUACCUUUGAAAACAAAAGAUGAGCUCGUCUACAAAUACCACGCGGUGCGAGCCGGCGCUGUGUUCAUCGAAGUCAAGGCCCAAAGCAACGCGCACGUUGCUUUGACCGACGCAAAGGAUGAAACGAGUCCGAUGUACGAGUGCAUGCUGGGGGGCUGGGAAAAUACUGCGUCGGUCAUCAGAUACGAUCGUAAAAAGCCUGACAAGGUACGCAUGGACACCCCGAACCUCCUCAACCAGAAUGAUUUCAAGAGAUUUUCAAUCUCUUGGCUCGAUGGACGCAUCACGGUCAAAUCCGGCGAUCAACGCGGACCCGUAAUCAUGGAGUGGGUAGAUCCAAAUCCGAUUGGCAUCAGUUACAUUGGGGUACGCACCGGUUGGGGUGCUAAAGGAGUUUGGAAAGUUCGUUUCGAACCUAACUUGGCGUAUCCUUCCUCCGUCGGUUCCCCUCACAAAAACCCAAAUGUUGCACCUUCCGCGCCAUUACAAGUCCAAGGACUCGACACCGGAAGUCAAUGCUGGUGUGAUGCGGCAGGUGGCAUGAUCCCACCAGGUGCAGUCGAAGGAGGAAGGGACGACGAACCUUUGUUCGUAGGUAGAGCUCAUCAUGAAGGUGCUCUCUUACCUGGCAAGGUGAAACCUAGUCAUAGCGUCUGCUAUGUUCCUUGGGGCGGCGCCGAACAUGGCAAAACGGAUUAUCAGGUACUUUGCGGUUGCCAACCAUCUUGGGUAUCGGUGAGCGGUGGUAACAUUCCAGCUAAUGCGAUUCCUGCUGGAGAAACGGAAGAUGGCGAACCUUUGUUCGUUGGUCGCGUACAUCACGAAGGCACUUUAUCUAUCGGCAAAGUGCAAGCAUCUCACGGCGUUUGUUACAUACCUUUCGGAGGCGCCGAAGUCAGCUUCCCUGAUUAUGAGAUCAUGGUUUCUCAGUAAUCGUUAUUUCAUACGCUCUAAAAGCUCUAAUACACGUGCUUGAUCUAUCGACAAGUUUUCUCGAUCAUAUUUUCUUUAUUUUACUUUCGUAUUCUUAUGUGUGUUAUAUUUAAUACAUACUAUAUGAUCACUAAAUAAUUACAAAACGAUAUCCUUUAACGUGUUCUUUUUUCUUCUUCUUUUGUUAACGAAAACAAAUGUAUUGCAGGAAAAAGAGUCUCGAUACGUUGUAAAUCAAUCGUCAUAUAACUUUCAAAUGUUUAAUCUAAGUUCAAAUGUUUUUAUUUCAAAGAGCAGCAUUAUAUUGAUCGAUGGACAAAAUAUAAGUAAACGAUAUAAACGAUGUAAAUGUUAAAGCUUUCGCAUUCAAAUUAAAGCAUCAAAGUAACCAUUGUAGAACGAGAAAAUCAAUGGCGAUAUAUUUAUAACUAACUGUAAGCUAUAUAUUUUAAUAUAACCACGUUGUUGUUGAUCUUCCUUGGAGGAUUUGCUAAUAACCUAUUGUUUUCUUAACGAAAAUUAAGAUACAAGAUGACGAUUAUUUUUGUUCAUUGUCAGCAAUAUAGUUUUCUAAUGCACGCGUACGGUUCGAUGAAAGAAAUAUUUUCAGAUGUUGUAUCGUUAUACAAUAAAAUGCAUACAAUACAAAUAAA